GAAGAUCCCGCGUUGGUCCGCUGGGCCUAUGCUAGGACGCAGAACGUAUACCCUACUUUCCGCCCGACACCCAAGACGUCGUUUCUAGGAGCUCUUUUUGGGAUAGGCCCUGUCCUCUUCUGGAUUGCCGUCUUCAAAGCUGAGAGAGAUCAUAAAGAGAAGCUUAUCAGAGAAGGUAAAUACGAGCGACCAUUCAGUCUAUUUUAA